AUGUCAUUUGCAAACUAUGAUAUUGAAGCGCAAAAUGGCACUACGCAGUCAGUAGAGGAGUCUGUGGUGGAAGUUUCGCCGAUAUUUAACGAAAUUUCGGGUCAGCUCUCGGAGUUCAUAUCAGUGGUGACAAGACUUGAUAAGAUGCAACGUCAACUUGGAACCAAGAGAGAUAACUCACAAUUAAGGGGCCAUGUCAGUGAUUUUAUUACGCGAUGUGAUUUAUUGCAUAAUGGAAUCAAUUCUUCGUUAAGACAGUUGGAGAAGAAAGGAAGAGGUACAAACGAUACGAAGCUCAGCUUUACAGAGAGUAAGUUGAAAGUUCAGUGUCAAGAGGUAUUCAAGAAUUAUCAGGUGAUACUUCGAAGUUAUCAUCAGAGGAUUCAAUCAGUAACGGUGAAUGAAGCAUUCAAAAAAAACGAAGAGGAACUGAGGCGCGUAGUGUCCGAGAGUACUCCAUUACUUCAAGAAGAGGGUAAGAUAAAGCUGGAUGAGGAGGUACCACGACAGGUAGCACAGAAGCAACAAAAUAGAUCACUUUCGCUGUCUCAAGUUCAACAGCAACAGCAACAGCUUGGCCAACACGAAGUGUCUUAUCACGAGGAUCUAAUCAACGAAAGAGACGAAGCAAUCACCAAUAUAUCGAAGGGAGUCCAAGACAUCAACAAGAUAUUCCAGGAUCUUAACGAAGUGGUAAACCAACAAGGAGAAGAGAUAGAUACGAUAGAAACAGGUAUGAACGAUUAUGCUAACAACAACCAGAUGGCCCAUCAUGAGCUACGCAAGGCUGACGAUUACCAAAAACGGAAGCAAAACCCAAAUCGUAAUUAA